UAUUAGAGCACACCCUCAUUUUCUUUCUCCACACACUCCAAUUCAUCUCCAUAAAAAAGAACUCAAAAAAUCCAUAAUCACAAUACUUGGCCUUGUCUAUAUUAAAAAACAAAAUGAGUGCCAAAAUCAAUUUAGUCCAUGUAAAUCUGGUGUGCUAGCUAUUUUUUUCGAUUCCUUUGUCUUUUCCUCUUCAAAAUCUCUCUCCCAUUUUUUUUUUUUUUUUUUUGGGAAAAAUUAAUUUCUGGGUUUUGGAAAUAAUAGUUUGUUGGACAUUGUUGGGUUGGUUUAAAAAAGAAGAAAGAGGAUCAUUAUAUUUCAGAAAAUGGGUCGUGUAAAGUUGCAGAUAAAGAGAAUAGAAAACAACACAAAUCGGCAGGUAACAUAUUCCAAAAGAAGGAAUGGACUUAUCAAGAAGGCAUAUGAGCUUUCUAUUCUAUGUGACAUCGAUAUUGCUCUCAUUAUGUUUUCCCCAUCAGGCCGUCUUAGUCACUUCUCCGGCAGAAAAAGAAUCGAAGAUGUUCUUGCCCGAUACAUAAAUUUGCCAGAUAAUGAUAGAGGUGUCAUUCGGAACAAGGAGUUUUUACUCAGCACCCUCAGUACUCUGAAGUCUGAAAGUGAAACUAUUGCUUUUCAUCAAAAUCAAAUGGCCAGUCCUGCGGAAACCAACGCAAAUCUAGAGGAACUUACUCAAGAUAUACGCAGUUUGCAGCAUGAGCUUCAAAUGUAUGAGCAACAGCUAAGGUUUUUUGAGCCAGACCCUCUUUUAAUCCAUUCCAUUGAUGAACUUGAAACGUGUGAGAAGAACCUUUGGAACACAUUGGCACGUGUCACAAAAAAGAAGAAAGACUUACUAAAUCAUCAGUUGCCCACGUACGAUCCAUCAGGUGUACAGAUAUACUUGGAAGCACAAGAUGGGGUGCCAGGCCCUUUUGAAAAUGAAGUUGCUAACUGGUUGCCUGCAGACAAUGUGCAAAACCCGACCCAAAUGUGUGUAGGAUCCGAAUCAUCUUGUGUGCACACAACCCCAAGGGGCCAAUCCUCAACAACAAUUUAUGAUCCAGUUUCUCAUGGGACCCAUAUAAAAAUGGAUCCUUGCAGCCUAGAAGGAGGGUAUGAUGUUGGGAAUCAAAGCAGUGAUGGAUUGCCCCCUUGGCACCACAACUUCACCACCACUGAGCUCCUCUCUGCCUUCAUGUCCCCCGAUUCCUUUUCUCCAAUUAAGCAUGAAAUUGCAGCAGCAGCCAUUUCACAGAUGAUACCACAGCAGCAUGUAGAGACGGCAGCACCAAAUUGUCAACAAUUGCAGUCUACUGAUGACUGCAAAUUAUGAGACCAUGAAACAAUGCCAUGACUAUUUUUACAUUUAAUAGAGCAAUAUUAGCCUCAAUAUAUUUUUGCCUGGUCUAUAUUUGAUUCUUUUGUUGGUACCCAUGUCAGUAGUGGAUUUUUUGAAGCUUAAUCACUCUAUGUAGUAGUAGUAGUAGUAGGAGUGCAAAAUGGUUAUGUGUUUGUAUGAUCUGUGUAAAAAAUUAUUGAUAUUUGGAAAGCAUUUUGUAUUAAGGUUGUGUU